AUGGUGCUGUCUGACGCUAGCUCGGACGCAGUUACGGGGCUGUCUGACGCAAGCUCGGACGCAGUUACGGGGCUGUAUGACGCAAGCUCGGGCGCAGUUACGGGGCUGUAUGACGCAAGCUCGGACGCAGUUACGGUGCUGUCUGACGCUAGCUCGAACGCAGUUACGGGGCUGUCUGACGCAAGCUCGGACGCAGUUACGGGGCUGUAUGACGCAAGCUCGGGCGCAGUUACGGUGCUGUCUGACGCAAGCUCGGACGCAGUUACGGGGCUGUCUGACGCAAGCUCGGACGCAGUUACGGGGAUGUAUGACGCUAGCUCGGACGCAGUUACGGGGCUGUAUGACGCAAGCUCGGGCGCAGUUACGGUGCUGUCUGACGCAAGCUCGGACGCAGUUACGGGGCUGUCUGACGCUAGCUCGGACGCAGUUACGGUGCUGUAUGACGCAAGCUCGGACGCAGUUACGGUGCUGUCUGACGCAAGCUCGGACGCAGUUACGGGGCUGUCUGACGCUAGCUCGGACGCAGUUACGGGGCUGUCUGACGCUAGCUCGGACGCAGUUACGGGGCUGUCUGACGCAAGCUCGGGCGCAGUUACGGUGCUGUCUGACGCUAGCUCGGACGCAGUUACGGUGCUGUCUAACGCAAGCUCGGGCGCAGUUACGGUGCUGUCUGACGCUAGCUCGGACGCAGUUACGGUGCUGUCUGACGCUAGCUCGGACGUAGAUAUGGUGCUGUCUGACGUAAGCUCGGGGCGCAGUUACGGCGCUGUCUGA